AUGCCGAAAAAACAGGUUAAAUUUAACGAUAUGGCGGAGCCCAGCGCCGCCUCCGCUGCCUCAUCGGGCACUUUUACAAGCUCCAUUCAAGACAAGGCGAAGGGCCUAUGCAAUAAUGCUUGCUGGGUCUGCUUUUCGAUCGAUCCAGAUGUCGCACAUGUGUUUGUCAAGGGAGAUACAGCCCUCAAAGAAUGGCAACGUCGGGGACUGGUUAACUAUGCCCCGAAGUCGCUGGCAAAUAGUGUCCCGCUAUGCCUGAACUGUCAUAGGCAGUUCGACCGCACGAACGACCCCGGCUUGCUCAUCAUUCCAGUCGACAUCAAGUAUUCUAUCAAAUUCGAGCAAGAAGACAUGACUCGCCGGGGCGAUCGAUCCCGAGAAGAGCAAAAGCCAGGCUUGUUCAGGUCGGUCUGGCUGAAGAACUACAGCUUACCCACUGUCGUUAAGCCUGGGCAUGGUGAUUAUACAUUUCUCCUGGAGCCCAAAUUUUGGUAUGGAGCCCCGGUUGCCCUAUUCCGGCAAGCUUUUCAAGCCAGAAGCUCGCCGUUUUAUUGGGAUGUCUUGGACCGUCAAACGAUCGACCAGUUGGAUUUUCUGAACCGACUGUAUAUGAUCAGCAAAGAAACCGGGAACUCGGCAGAUACACCAACUGAACAAGAUGACAAUGAAGAAAGCGUAGAGAAGGGGGCCGCAGAAGGAGAGGUGGAGAACUUUCCCAGGAAAAAGUCCAGAUUUAAGUAUUUGGAUUUCGAAUCCUCUAGCAAUGAUCAUUUUUUCAAUAACGAGAUGAUUGAAAAGUGGGCCGCCAGUGUUCAUCCCAUUGCUGUUGGAAGCCUUGUUUAUCAAUAA